AAACGCGCCGCGUCGUCGUCGUGAAGUGUUUGUGCGAAGAAAUCAGCCGCCUAAUAGCCGCAUAAGAUCUUCAGACACACAGCGCACACCAGCGCAUGAAGAACAAGCACAAGCACAUACAUUAAAAUCGUAUAAAAACUCAGAUGUGCAACACAAAACCGAAAAAUAAAAUUAUAAAAUCUACAACAACAACAGCAACACAAAUGAAAUAAAAUAAAGUAGAAAUAAUCACAGCCGAAAGCAUUGUUGUGCCCGAUUUUUGUACGCGUUGAAGGACUUUCGUUGACAUUUGGUUUUUGGCUGCAGUCGCCGCAACUGUCUGCAAGAAUUUCGUGCUCAUCUUUUUUUUACAUUCUAAAUUUUCAACUUUUAACUGCCACUUUUUCGUGUUUCGAGGCGGGCGUAUUUCGCCAUUUGUACUUUUUUUUGGUGCUCACGAAUUUACGCUUUGCGGUGCAUAAAUUUAGCGUGUGUGACAUUGAAAAUAUAACAAAAGAAAAUAUUCAUAACUUUUAAUGUUUGCUGAAAUUUCUAUAAAGUUGCACAUUUGGUACAAUAAAAGUGAAAGCGUCCGAAAACAAAGCAAAUGAGUGCUCUAAAAAUUCAAACAGUGCUAUAAAAAUAAAUGCAACAAAAACAUUAAUGUUGUAAUUUCGAAAAUAAAAGCAAAAUUUUCUCAUGUGAGAAGCGUCAAUUAAAAAGUACAACGACUCGACUGUUUAAGAACCAAUAAAUCUGUGUGAAAAGUAUUUCUUUUAAAAACUAAAAACUGGAAUAAAUUAAUUCUACCACAUACAUACAUACAUAUGUACCUACCCCCCAUAUGAGCAUACACAUAUGGGCCUGACUGUCUGCGGAUUAAUAAAACCUCAAUUAAGGCAAUAUUAUUUGCUUAAAACUACAUUCAAAUAAAAAAACAAAUUCUGUGAGACAAUAGUGCUUGGCAAAAAGAUAAAAAAAAACAACCACAGCGUAAUAGUUCUCAAUUAAAAAAGUGAGAAAGAAAGUACGUGUAUAGUAGAAAGAAACCUAACCAUAGUGACACGCAAAUACAAAGUAAAGCAAAAUAUAAAUAUUUUCUAAGCGGAUUAGCUGAGGAAAAGUAAAACAAACGCGCUCCACACUACAAACACUUCCAAUUGUUGGGAGAAGGAACCUGAUAGCGGGAAGGCUGUUUUUAUCAACUGAAUUCGUCUCGGACCUUUCAUCAUUAAAAAGCUACUUUCACUAAGUUCGCCACAUAAUCAGCUGAUUCGCACAUCAACUCCUCUCCACUUUCUGUUAUCUACGCCCCGCAACUUGAUUUGGGCGCUUUGGCAUCAGUAGCUGCCGCACCUAGUCACUAGAAACACACCACAAUGCAGUUGUUACGUACACACUCACGAGCUUUAAAGCUGCCUAUAGUCUACGCCGCUUUGCUGCUACUCUGCUGCCUACUCGUUGAGAGCUCCCCCGCGCCGAGCAAAGAAGCAAUCCUUACGGUAAAUGCUACAACAGCUGACAGCAGCAACUACAACUGUCCAGCUGAUUGUCAAUGCGUCCUGGCGCAAAACACACACACCCCACUGCUGCACGCGAAAUGCACCAGUUUGGAGGGUCUGCGUUUAUACGAAGCCAAGGAAUCCUCACUGCCCAUACACUCGCUGGACUUGUCCUACUUGAAUUUGAAGCGCUUGUCGCAUCCGUUGGAGAAGCUACCCAGCGUCACAUCGUUAGAUCUAUCGCACAAUGACCUCCACGAAUUCGGACAUUUGGGACGUCGCAUUAAGAAGCUGAACCUCAAACACAAUCGCAUAACAUCGAGCAAAUUGACCAAACUGCCAGCACAUGUGCAAGUUUUGAAUCUACAGCAUAAUGAUAUCACGUAUUUGCCGUUGGAUUUGACACGUCUGUCCAAUUUAAUGACACUCGAAUUGAGUCACAAUCAAAUUAAUUGCUCCUGCGAAACAUUAGAGGUGCGCAACUGGCUGCAAGGGCGUCACGUCUUCAUGGAACAUGCCGUUUCCUGUACAUACCCCGUUGAAGUUAAAGGUAAGUCGUGGUUGCAGGUCAAACAGUCGGACAUUUGUGAGCACGAGAAGAAUGGACGCCUCAACGAUGAGGAGGAUAAUGAGCUGAUGAUGGGCGAUCAGCCAGUUGAGGGUUCCGGUGAUCAAGACGAUGAGGAUGAGUUGGGUAAAGCAUUCAUGCCAAUCGAAAAAUCAAGCACUGCAAAAAAUAGUGUGGCACAACUCGAUACUGUCGAGGGUUCGGGUGAUUUGAGUGAUGUCAAUGUGCCUGUGAACUUAGCCAUAACUACCGUUUUGCCAGCGGUGGAGAGUUCGCAAGAACAUGUUACAACCGAUGCGCCACCGCUACCCAUCGAACAGGAGGAAGAUGAGGAUGAUGGUUCCGGCAGCGGUGGUGGCAUGCUUUUCAUCAGUCCCAGUAUUGAACGUGAUCGUAUGAUUCCAGAUGAUUUUGAAACACCCAAUGAAGAUGACACCGAUGACAAAUUCGACAAUAAACCGGUGGAGGAACCCAAACCUGAGGAGGAAGAGGAGGGUGAACACAAGGUGUCAGCUGAUAUUUUCGGCGCCGGUAUGGGCAUAUUCGAUACCGACGAGAAUGAUGAGAAAAUUUCAGAGCCGGUUACAGAGGAAGCCAUUGUACCGGUUGUACAGCACAACGUUGAGGCAGAAGAUGUGCCCGAUGUAAGUACCGAAGGUGCAACAAAUGGUGAACCCAGCGCCAUACUAACCGCAAAUGCGGGUGGCGAACAGAAGGACGACAGCAACGCGACAUAUUUACUGUUGGGCGUGCUUGGCUUCAUUGUUGUCGGCUUGAUACUCUAUGUAGGUAUCAAGCGUUGCAAGAACAGUCAUAAUGCCGCACACGAUGCGGAAAAUCCACGCCAAACCGAAUUACUCGACAUGGACAAAAAGAAUUUGGGCAAGCCGUUGCGUAACGGCAACGAACACUCGCCACUCAUUGGCGAUCAAACCAAAUCUGAUCUCGCGAAACCGAUCAAUGGCACCGGACAAAAGAAACCCUACGACGCGAACGAUGUGAAAGACGGUCCCGCUCAACAACAACCACUGCUGAACGGCAGCAAUGGCACAGCGCCAAACGAUGAAGUGAGCAAAGAGCAGGCCGCACCUGUGACCGAAGCGUCCGCACCGCAUGAAUACCAUCCGAUCACGCCGCGCUACCCCACACCGAAGUCGCCACGUGCCUCCAAAUAUGCACAAUACCCACAAGAGGGUGUCGAGCACAAUAACAACAACAAUGAUGAUAGUUAUCUGCCUUCGUCGCCGAAAUUAGGCCGUUACUCGCCGGUGUAUUCACCAGAAACGGGACGCGUCAAAAUCAAGCUUACCGAAACACCCCGCCCCAAAACUCCAAUGUUAGUUACGCGCAGCAAAUCGAACGCGGGCGAUAUCAUAACGACGCCUGUAGCGGCAACGAACGGCAUUGAUAACAACAACACUCUGACUGUGCCCGGCGUGCAUGCGCCAACAGCGACGCUGGUAAAUGGCCACUAAGCGGUGUGGUGUGGCGCGAUGCGUUGCGUUGAAAAGUGUGCGACGUGCCGUACACGAGACGCUGCCGCUCGCGUCAAAACGGUGCUAAACGAACUAAACGCUACUAAAUUAAAAGUUUAAACAAAUACCAACAACAAAAACAAAAAACUAACAUCUUGCAGCGCAAAUUGUAUAACAAAAGACUUCGAAAUUAAUUGGUAUGCAAUUCCGGUAGGAAGAAAUGGUUUGGUGGUUUUCAGUUGUCUAGUUUGAAAAGUGUUGGCGUAACGGCUUACUGGUGUUGUGAGCGCUUAGAGUUUGAGUUUAAGUAGCUGGUUGCAGCAAAAGUUUCGACAUUUUUCGGUACGCGUUCGGUAUUUGAACUUUGAUGGCGUUCUUGUAAUAGCUUAGUAUAUGUACAUAUAUACCAAUAGUUUUCAAUAUAUUACACAAACCAAUAUUGCAC